AUGUUACACCACUACGUACAUGCAGCAAAUCAAUCCAUAAUGACCGCUGUGGUAAACAUCUGUUUUUCGUGAUUUUCAGUCGUGUGGACCGUUGUAAAUUUAACACCCCACCAAAAGUAGAAGAGUUUAUUGUUUAAUAAUCAUGGCUCGUGUUGUAAAAGUGUUUCGAACUCUUCGAAAUCACUGGAAGAAAUCUACAUUUGCUGUCUGCGUCCUUUCCUACGGGGGAUACUGGUUCUAUGGUAAACACUGUGACAGUGUUGUGCGCAGAGAGGCUUGCCAGUUGGCCAGGGAAUUUGGACGUCAGUUAAUAGCACCUCAGGAGCAGCUGAAAAAAGCAACUGUAAUUUUGAACCCUGCAGCAUCCAAUGGGAAAGCCAAUAAUUUAUUUGAAAAGAAUGCUGCUCCUAUUUUACACCUGGCUGGAGURGAGAUUACAGUAGUCAAGACUGACUACGAAGGCCAGGCAAAAAAACUGAUAGAGCUGAUGGAACAAACAGACAUGCUGAUUGUAGCUGGAGGGGACGGCACGUUGCAGGAAGUCAUCACAGGUUUACUGCGGAGGCCCGAUCAAGAGAGCUUCAGUAAUACACCGAUCGGAUUUAUUCCACUUGGUGCYAAUAAUUCCCUGAGUCCAAGUCUUCAUUUACUCUGUGACAACAAAGUGAAAGACAUUACGUCAGCCACGCUGUCCAUUUUGAAAGGAGAAACUGUACCACUGGAUGUGCUCCAAAUCAAAGGAGAGAAGGAGCAGCCUGUUUUCGCUCUGGUCGGAUUGCGUUGGGGUGCUUUUAGAGAUGUGGCGGCAAAGAUUAGCAAAUAUUGGUACCUUGGACCAUUGAAGAGCAGCGCAGCUCACUGGUUUCACACUCUGAGGGAGUGGCCUGUGGUCCGAGAUGUUUCUGUUUCUUAUUUAACCCCCACGCCCCGGCCUCCUGACCCGCCCUCUCAGAAGGCCCCCAGGCCCAACCUGAUCUACCGCAUCAUUCGCAGACUGAAGAACUACUGGAAGGCUAAAGAGCCUCCAAAAGUGGAAGAGCCAGAGAAGUGGGAGGAGCAGCAGCUGUCGACAGUAGAGUUCUACAUCCAAACACACAACAGAAACCCAGUAGAGAGGCGGGUAAAUGACUCUCUGAUGAUCUGCGCCGAGCCGAAUGACUUCACCGUGGGCGACUUCRUCUCUGUCGGAAAUAAAAAACAAAAGGACCCAACAGUAUUCACAGAAAAUUCCACUAAACUGGAAGCUAGUGCUUGUCGAGUAAAGGUGCCAGAGGGCGCCUCCGGCUUCUACAAUAUCGACAACGAGGAGUACGARGCCAUGCCGGUGGAGAUCAGACUUUUGCCGCGGAAACUACGCUUCUUCAUCAGUGCAGAGCGCAGAGAGCAGCUCCUCUCACAGCCACAGUGAUGGAAAAAAAACUGAACCAGUAAAAGGAUUAAAACUAACUUUAAAAGAAACAUCUCGUAUCAAAAGAUCAUAAAUGAACUUUGAAAACUGAUUUUUUUUCAUGUUUUUAAAUGUUGUCGAUCAGUUUCAUUUACAUCCUGUUUACAGAGAAUAAAAGAGUUGGAGAUAUUUUAACCAGCUCAAAGCAGAUUACGUUACCUACAUACACAAGGACCUUUUGAGUUUUUUAACCCAUCUUAAUGUCUUUUUUAAAUACAGACUGAGUUUACUAAAUGAGUUACAGCUGUUGUCACUUGUUCAGAUGUUUAAUAAAUAAAUAAAUGCAGUAUGUCCAGUUAAAUAUCA